CAUGCAGCCUAUGAGGUGCAGAGUGUAAGUUACAGUGCAUAGAUCUUAUUACGGAGAGGACACUAAAGGCAGGUGCGCAGCUCGGAGAAAGGAGACAAAAAAGCAGGUAUGACAUCAAAAACAGAUCACCCUCCAACCUACGAAGACGCCGUCCGCCAUCCCAAGCACGGAAAUGAACCAGAGCAGAUGCAACAUGGCCCAGCUUAUCCGCCGCCUCCAUCCUACAGUCCCGGGCCCAGCAUGUACCCCGGCCCUCCCGGCUACUGGGGCCAGCCCGGCAUGUGGGCGGCCCCUGGCUCCGGCAUGCCUACCACCAUACCCACUCUGUCCGCCGGGGUGCCUGCAACAAACCCAGGAGGGAUGGAGGAGCUCCCGAGCACACGGUGGGAGAGCACACCUGUUAGACACGCCUUCAUCAGAAAGGUUUAUUUCAUCUUAGCAGCUCAGCUCAGCGUCACCUUUUCCGUCGUUGCCGUCUUCACUUUUGUUGAUCCAGUCAAGAUGUUUGUUCUCAGAUAUCCUGCCAUCUACUGGGCAUCUCUAGUGCUUUAUUUUAUGGUCUACUGCAUUCUGAUUUGCUGCAAAGGGCCAAGGAGGACAUUUCCAUGGAACCUUGUGCUGCUGGGAGUAUUUACCGUCGCCCUGUCUUACGUGUCCGGAACAAUCUCCAGUUACUACGAAACCAAAGCCGUCUUCCUCGCCAUGGGGAUAACGGCGCUGGUUUGUGCGACCGUCACCGUCUUCUGCUUCCAAACCAAGGUUGACUUCACUUCCUGCGGGGGAUUUCUCUGGAUUGCCGCCACUUUGCUCAUGAUCAUUGGGAUUGUGACAGCCGUCGUGCUCUCCUUCCACUACGUGCCUUGGCUCCAUAUGCUCUACGCUGCCAUUGGGGCCAUCGUUUACACCCUGUUUUUAGUUUACAACACGCAGCUUCUCAUUGGAAACCGGGAGUUGGUGAUAAGCCCGGAAGAAUACGUCUACGGAGCGCUGUCUCUCUACACGGACAUCGUUCACAUUUUCCUCUUCACACUCCAAAUCAGCGGCUCUGCCACCGACUGAGGUCAUCUACAUUUUUAUCCUAGAGUCAGGACUAUUAUUUAAAGUUCUUUAUUAACUGUUGUAAUAGAUCUUCUUAUAUACUAUGUAAAUAUAUAUCAUAUAUCUUACAUACAUCUAUCUUAUUAUUCUAUCUUAUAUGUAUAUAUAUAUCUUAUAUACAUUGAAGAUAUACACAUCCCAUCAGUAGGCAUCCCAGUGAGAGCAGACCUUGUACAGUAAGUAAUUGUUUUAU